AGUUGUAACCCGACAGUCCUAGAGUCAUGCUCGGAGAAUGAGAUGUGCAAGGUGGAAGAGGUGGGCCAGAGUGGGACGUGCCAGUGCUUGCCGAACUUCACCUUCAACACGGAGACUAACAUGUGUGAGGAGCCAAAACCACCUCCUGACGACUCUCCCAGCCACCUUGGUCUUGGCCUGGGCCUGGGCAUCACCUUCACCAUUAUCUUAGUAGCUGUGGUGCUGGCCAUGGCCCACAGAAGAUAUGGCAUCCUCUCAGGAGUCUGCAGCCGCCUCCCCACAUUGCACCUCUUCGGCAAGAGAGGGGAAGAGUUUGUCGUAGACAGCGGCGACGACGAUAGUCCUAUUGUAUAAUGAAGGGAGAAGGAAGAGGAGGGAAGGAGAGAGGAGGGGGAAAUGUGGGGGUAAAGUAGGGGAAAAAGGGGAAGAGUAUAGCAGGGUUUGGAGGGACCGCAGAGAAGCAAGGAACAUUGGAGGAGGAACUGAUGGUGUGUGAACAAAGGAAGGAGUGUUGUUGAGAAAGAGUUUUUAUUAUUAUUAUUAUUAUUAUUAUUAUUAUUAUUAUAAGGGAAGUGCUAAAGAAAUGGUCCAUUUUUAUUUUUUUUUUUUCCUUUUUUUUUUUUUUUUUUUUUUUUUAGAUGUCUGUACCCAUAAUUUUUAUGAUACUUUGAUCUUGGAUGACAUUUGAAUGUGUGAUUGAGUCCUCAGCAGGUUAUAUUGUCGUCUGGUUAUGCCGAUCAAGUUUGUACUUAUCAACGAAGAAAAUGGGUUGUCUUUUAUUGAGGUCUGUUAUAUGUGUUGGAUUUUCCUUUAGAAUUACAGACUUCUCUCUCUUAAUUUUGUUGCAUGUAUUCAUUAUAAAAAGAAUUUUACAUAUAUAUACACACAUAAAUAUAUCUAUUAUAACUUAUGUCACGUGAAUGAUAAGCUUUUGUACCAUUGAUGUUUUUAGCAAUGUGAUUUUAUAUACAUAUAUAUAUAUCUUGAUUUUAAGUUAUUAAACGUACAAGUACGUAUAAACCGGAAUCUCAGUAUGGAGAUUAAUAUCAGUAGGAAUAUCUAUGUCUUAUUGCCAUUCAGUGAUGGAGGAAAUUGUUCUGAAUUGUGGAAAGCCCAUGUGCUGGUAGUUAUCUUUGGAAGGGACAAGGAAAUGACUUUGGAAUCUUCAUUCUUAUUAUUAUUGUUACUAUCAGUACUGGUAAUAGUAUCCUUAUCAAUAGUAAAAUUUCAUUAUUAUUGUUAUCAUUAUAGAGCAUUUCAAGGGUUGUACACCAAUAAACAAAGGAGUGUAAAUUGCAAAACAA